UUCACCAAAUAUUCUCUGUUUUUCUUUAAAACCUACCACAACAAUGAUGACUCGUGCCAUAAUGGGCUAUAUUUUUGCCACACUAUGCUUGGCCUUUUUCAAGCAUUCAGCCUCAGCAGCUGUAUCAUCUUACAAUGUUCAAGAAUUGGGAGCAAAAGCUGAUGGCACCACAGACUCAACAAAGUUUUUUCUAAGUGCUUGGAGCUUGGCUUGUGCUUCUAAUGUUUCAGCCCAAGUGUACGUGCCCUCGGGUAAAUACUUGAUCAGCAAUGCCGUGGUCUUUAGCGGCCGCAACUGUAAAAGGACUAUGGUUAUGCGUAUUGAUGGCACGAUCAUAGCUCCUGCUGAUUACAAUCUUAUAGCCAAUGAUGAAAUCUGGAUCAAGUUCGAUAAUGUUAAUGGACUUUAUAUCUCUGGCGGAACCGUAGACGCUCAGGCUGCGCCUCUGUGGGCUUGCAAAGCCUCGGGGAAUAGCUGCCCUACAGGGGCAACGAGUCUUGGGUUCUACAGCUCAAGGAACAUUGUUGUGAGUGGAAUAGCAUCAAUAAAUAGUCAAAUGUUUCAUAUGAUUGUCUAUAAGUGCAACAACACAAAGCUACAAGGAAUCAAGAUUUCAGCGCCUGUUGAUAGCCCCAACACCGACGGAAUUCACGUACAGUUGUCAACAGGAGUCAGCAUACUGAGCUCUCAAAUUGGUACCGGAGAUGACUGCGUCUCAAUUGGACCUGGGACUACUGACACAUGGAUUGAAAGUGUGUCGUGCGGCCCCGGUCACGGCAUUAGCAUCGGAAGUCUUGGUUGGAAUUUGCAAGAACCUGGAGUCCAGAAUCUGACAGUUAAAACGGUUACCUUCAGAAAUACCGAAAAUGGAGUCAGAAUUAAGACAUGGGCGAGGUCUAGCACAGGGUUUGUUAAUAAUGUUCUUUUUCAGCACAUUUCUAUGGGUAAUGUCAAAAAUCCCAUUCUAAUUGAUCAAGACUAUUGUCCUAAUCAAGAAAAUUGCCCUGAUAAGGUUUCGGGUGUGAAGAUCAGCAAUGUGAUAUAUCAAGAUAUUCACGGAACAUCAGCAACACCAGUUGCAUUGAGGUUGCAGUGUAGCAAAAGCUUUCCUUGCAGUGGAAUAAGGCUUCAAGACGUUGAGCUAACUUAUAACAAUCAGUCAGCCACAUCAUCAUGCGCUAAUGCUGCAGGAGAAGCAUCUGGCGUUAUGAAGCCUUCUAGCUGUUUAUAGGAAGAAGCUGCAAGUAUACUCUGUACAGAAAAGAAUAUAUGAGAGAAAUAUUUACCAAAUCAGUGAUCAGUCAUCAUCAAGAUUCAUUAAGCUAGGAAUUAGGAUAAUCUUAGAGUUAGCAUGUAAUUUAAGAUAUCAAAGCAAAUGCCAUAGCAUUAAAUCUUUGUUUUCAUAUUCGAUCUACUAUCAAUUUGUUUACAAUUUUUGUCAAGAGCGCAGGUAAACGUUACCCAACAGGCUAGACAACAUCAUAUGCACAAGUGUUCGUUUUUGUCCUUUACAACCAUACCAAAAAGUUUCUCCAGUACUAAAAUUUGGAAAACUGACAGAUUUCUACAAACAGCUUGAUGGUACAACAAUGCCAGAUUCAGUUCCAGCUGCAUUAGUACAAGACGCUUCAGCUGGUCGGCUCCUAUAUGUCAGCUCUACUUUCUCCAAUUUUAUACCUUCACAUGGCUCCGUCUUGCUGCAAUCAAAUUUCACUGCUACAUCCGUUGCUGAUGUUCCAUGAAUAUCUUGGUACGUCACGUCACUAAUUUUCACCCCCGAAAUCUAUGCAACA